AUGCGACCCCGAGGCCGAUCUUCGGCAACUGCGACGUCUUUCAUCCGACCCGAUGGGGUCCCAUUCCGCCAGACCCCUCCCCAAGAGACCGACGACCAAGCGAACGGAGAGUUGGAAGGUACCACACUGGGUGGCGGUUCCCUUGAUGGAGAUCGAAGGACACCGGGCCGGCGGAGGACCCAGAGCUCAAGUGGCUUCUUGCUUGACUCGUUACCUCGCGUGCGAAGCACUAUGGUGAGCUUGCACCGCCCUCGCCCCUUGGAACCUCCCGAAGAGAAGCGCAGCGUUCCCGAACCGGAUAUUGUGGUCCCCAAGAAACGCUCGCGAUUUCCAUGGAGCCGGCAUAAGCAACACGUACCUGAAGUAACGCUAGAUGAUGGAAGUUCAAGCCCGAUUAGUGCCCAGAAAGCUUCUGCGCCUCCUGACAGACAGCCUUCCGGAAGCUCCUCGCAGCCCGAGGUACCGGAAAACAAUGUGGCACAUUCUACUCCUGGCCUCGAUAGGGACUCAAUCCAUAUCGUGAAUCUUGCCUUGAAUCUCAAUGAGUCUCGGAAAAGAGCAGCCUCUGGAAUACCCCCGGGCUCUGAGAGCCGAAGACCAAAAUCUGUCUCUCAACCUGCCGUUCCGACAGUAGACGGCUAUGCGUAUUCCACACUAGCGAGGAAUUUCCAGCGUGACUCGCCGUAUCCCAAUCUUAGUCAUGUCUCUGGCAAUUGUCUGUCACAGGGGACACUGCAGAGCCUAGAGCAGUCAUCUGUUAUAAAUUUGUUGCCUCCAUCUGCGAUUGAGGAUAACCAGAAUUAUGAAUUCUCAGAAAGCACUUUGGCUCGUGCUGAGAGAGCACUUAAUCAUUUUGAUUUAUUUCAUGAGUAUAUGCGGCUACUACCCUCAUUACCACCUCUUCGAGAUGCAGCCACGGAGUCUAAACCACGGAAACUCUACCGAGGCUAUAACCCGCUCCAAGUGAUUCGCAACCGGAAAGUCAGAUAUCGUGAGAAAUGCUCCAUCAAUGCAGCCGCAGAAGGAUGGCAUGACGUUGAAAGAGUUCACCAAUGGAUCAACGAGGUCGAGCAAAAAUACAACCAAAGAGUGUACGACCAAUUAAAUUGCUUAAAGCUGCCACCAUUCCAAGAAGGUCAUCGUUACGUCUCUAUUGGGGAACACGAAGAUGUGGAUAUGAUGCCUACCUCUCCGGGGUCAAGCUUGCGGCGAGUCAGCCGAACCAGCAGCAUGAAGGCCCGCCGACCACGUAUUGAUUGGAAAAUCUCGCCAGCAGAGCUUCUGGCCGAUGCUGCCUGGCUGGAAUGUAGUACCAACAAGACGAAGGUGGUUGACAAGGAUGGCCGUAAACUAUAUCCUGACCCCUCAGAAUUAGUGAUCAUGGACACAAGCGAUGACUUCAGGGUUCAUAAGCAGCAGCACCUUUCGGUUGAAGUGGGAGAUCCUAGAGAGGCACAUUCGUCACCGCGCACUUCUUCAUCCGGUUCUCACCCUGCCUUGGCGCAAGAAUUCAAGAGCGUGGGUCGUGGGCGGCACAGGCACAGAUUUCGAAGUCAUUCGCACAGCUUACGCAGCCGUAGUGCUUCUAGCAAACGAAAGGCGUCACGAUGGGAUCAUGUCAAAGUACGUUCGGGCAGCGUCUCGAGUUCUUCAAGCUCAGAUACGCGUCCUUCAGUCGAUGAAAAGCAUCGCAUGUCUCGGGAGAACAUCCGCGACCAUGUACAAAGAUUCGUCGAUCAUGCACACUCGGGAUCUCGUACAUCCCGCGCCAGAUCACCGGCUGUUCGCAACGCUGACGUGGAUCGGGGAAGGACUCCACAGCCAACGGAGCCGUUGUCGGUCAACACGAAGCAAGCUCGCAGGCACAGAAAAGGUUCCUUCUCGUCAGCAGGCAGCCUUGAUGACCGGCACGAUCCUGUUAUGUCCUUGGAAGGUAUGUAUAGCACUGCACCCAACUCUCCCGCUCGCGUUGGCUACUUCCCGAGUAUAGCAGUGAAUCUGUCACCCCCAUCAAGUCGGUCUCCCUCGCCCGCAAAGAAGGGUCUCCGUCAUAAGAUUGCUUCACGCCACGACCGCAGCAAGAGCAAACAAGCAGAUCGAGAGCGAGAGCAAGAAUUUGAACUGCCGGAACUAGAGGCUUUGCGUCAGCGAAAUUUGAGGCCGUCUGCGUGGACAGAGGGUGUCUACAAACUCGACCCGAGUCCUCUUCCUGACGUUGUGUCGUCAUCUUACAAUGAUGAUCAAGGCACGCAGGACGGCAAUCGGGUAGAUGGGCAUCGGUCCCGUAAAGGAUCCCAUCUGCCCGAAUCAAAGCUACGAGGAAUAUUCAAGGGGCCAGGCCGGAUAGCGGAGAUCGUGGGCAAUGAGGUCUCAAAGGUCGGAGACCUCAUCCUGAAGAAAGACGCAGAUCCUGAAUCUCGGAAAUCCUCGUCCGCUACCACUUUUGCAUCGGAUGAUAGUGAUUUUGAUGAUGAACCUAGGGGCGAUAAGAAGUCUGGCUCCAAAGGCCUUCUAAGGCGCCUGCCAACAUUCACAGAUGAGCCUGGACGAUUGACUCGCAGAAACUCCCAGAAGAACUCAUCGCGAAGCUUUAUUCCCUCUCUGCCGACCUUCACAUCACCCCUGCGGCAAGAUGACCCAAGCAAAGCAGCAGAGGUGACCGAUUUUGGCAGUCCUGGCGAACGAGUUUCCCCUUCACGAAAUCUUGAUGCCCGUGAUUCUCCUAAGAGGUUCUCGCUGCCACGCAGCAGAACGCUUGAUUUCAACGCUUCUCUGCAUACGGGACGGACAAAUCGCCCCGAGAUUAAAGACCCUUCCAUCCCUUUCAGCUUAACGCGACCCCCUGUCACUGGGCUCGCCAACGCUCGAGCAUCACCUGGGCUUUCACCGGAAGGAAGACGCUCAGGGCUUUCAGGUGCUAGUCGCACCUGGAGCAUUUCUGGACGCAGUAUCCACUCCAUGCCCGACACCGGCGUUCCUGGAAAAUCAGAAGUCGAGCGUACACGAGCUCUUCUAUUGUCAUCGGGGAUCAAGGCCCGGGAGAUCACUCGCCGAGCGCACACCCCCCGUGCACCAGUUCCUCACUGGCUUCAAAGCUCCAUGGGCCCUGGUGCUUCUGUCCCACGAGUGACGCGGGCCGGUGAGUUCGAUUUCGCUGCCCAAUGCCUUAUCCGGCGUUUCGAGCACACCCAACACUCGUUCCAACAAUCCAUGCAUCAUUUCUCAACCUCCACCUCGUCUCCUCUCCGAUCCCAGCUGAAGAGCCUGGAAAAUUCGGUCAAUCAUUCCCUGGCUCCUCGCGUCCGAACCGCGGCGAAUGACGCCGAGGACCUGUGUGUCCAGCUCAACACCACUAGCACACUCGCUGUCAAGCAGCUGAGUGAUGCGCUUGACAAAGGCCUUCGUAAGCGUCGCCGUCGAUUGCGGUGGAUUCGCCGCGCUGGGUUCAUGGUUUUGGAAUGGGCUCUUGUUGCUAUGCUUUGGUGGGUGUGGCUGGUUGUCAUGGCUUUCAAGGUUGUACGUGGUGUCUUCCGUGGUGCUUUCACUGGUAUCCGAUGGGUCUUGUGGCUUUGA